AUGUCGAAGCCGUUUCAACCAGUGAGUGAAAUCCUCACCAGCAAGCACAAACAGCAGACGUUCAACGAUAUUUACGGAGAGCCAGAAAAUUUCCUUGAGAUCGAGGUGAGAAACCCUCAGACCCACCAUGGUCGAGAAGUGUUCACAGACUACGAGAUCGUGUGUAGGACCAACAUCCCAGCAUUCAAGAAGCGCACGUCCAAAGUGCGGCGUAGAUAUAGCGAUUUUGUGACAUUCCGAAAGAUGUUGGAGCAAGAGUCUACACGGGUGAUCAUUCCGCCGCUUCCCGGCAAAAUUCUCUUUAGUCUGAACAAGUUCAACGACUUAAACAUCGAGAGCAGGCGUCAGGGUUUGGAGAAGUUUUUGGCGGUGGUAAGCGGGCACCCAUUGCUUCAAACGGGAAGCACUACGUUGGCGGACUUCAUUCAGAAUGAAAAAUGGGAGCCUCGUCAUCUGUUCUAUUGA